CUUCUCAAGACAACAGCAGUGGGUCGGUCACUGUAGCUUAACUAUCGUAUAAUCUCUCCAGAGUUGGACACAUCAGUGAGUGGGAAGGAAAGGAAAACAAUGGAUCCGUACCCUUCGUCCUCAUCUCUAAUAGCCCAGAAAACCUGGGAACUCGAGAACAAUAUUAUCACGGUGGACAAUCCCCCUAACUCCUCCAAUUCGGCGGUCGAUGCCUCGUCUGACGCCAUUUUCUACUACGAUGAGAUGGCGCAAGCUAAGUUCCAGCAGGACAGGCCGUGGGUUAACGAUCCCCACUACUUCAGGCGCGUCAAGAUCUCUGCACUCGCGCUUCUCAAGAUGGUGGUGCACGCUCGAUCCGGUGGCACCAUCGAGGUCAUGGGCCUCAUGCAAGGAAAGACUGAUGGUGACGCCAUCAUUGUAAUGGACGCGUUUGCUUUGCCUGUUGAAGGAACCGAGACUAGGGUUAAUGCCCAGGCCGAUGCCUAUGAGUAUAUGGUCGAUUACUCCCAGACCAACAAGCAGGCUGGGCGGUUGGAGAAUGUUGUUGGGUGGUAUCAUUCUCAUCCUGGAUAUGGAUGCUGGCUCUCGGGUAUUGAUGUUUCAACUCAAAUGCUCAAUCAGCAGUUUCAAGAACCCUUUUUGGCGGUUGUUAUUGAUCCAACAAGGACCGUGUCAGCUGGUAAAGUUGAGAUUGGAGCAUUCAGGACAUACCCAGAAGGAUAUAAGCCUCCAGAUGACCCUGUCUCUGAAUAUCAGACCAUUCCUCUUAACAAGAUUGAAGAUUUUGGUGUGCAUUGCAAGCAGUAUUAUGCGUUGGAUAUCACUUAUUUCAAGUCCUCUCUUGAUUGCCACCUCUUGGACCUUUUGUGGAACAAAUAUUGGGUGAAUACACUGUCAUCUUCACCUCUCCUGGGUAAUGGAGACUAUGUUGCUGGACAAAUUUCAGAUUUAGCUGAAAAGCUGGAGCAAGCUGAGAAUCAAUUGGCUCACUCUCGUUUUGGGCCCUUAAUAGCACCGCCUCAAAGAAAGAAAGAGGAAGAAUCUCAGCUUGCUAAAAUUACUCGUGAUAGUGCAAAAAUAACCGUGGAACAGGUGCAUGGUCUAAUGUCACAGGUUAUUAAGGACAUCCUUUUCAACUCCGUACGUCAAUCUAGUAGGUCGAGUCCUGGACCUGAGCCAAUGGUGGAAAGCUAAUCUAGGCUUCCUUGAUGAUGCAACAGAAGAUGGAUUAAGGGUUAAGAUGUUUUUUUCUUUCUGUUUUGGAAUUAAGAAGGGAAAGAAAAUCACAGAAAGUGAAGGUGCAGAGAUUUUGUGACGUGCUUAUGGCUCAUGUAAAUCCAUUUCAUAUCCGUCAUUGAUUUGGUCUUGUUCGUUUGGUGAUUUAUACAAAUGUCUUAAUACUGCUUACCAAGUUUUUUCUAAUUAAAUUAAACCCACUAUUUUCACUUC